AUGAGAAUUUUAUCCAUCUAUACACCCAUACUAAAGACCUCUUGCUAUACGAAGUCUGCCAUAGUGUUCAGCAUUUCUACCAAAUCAAGCCGGUUCUACCACAGUGCUGAUUACAGUGGAGGAGGGCUCAUGGGAAGAGGCGAUUUCCCAAAUAUGUCUAUCCCACCUUCCUCUUCACAUGCAUCGUCAUCAUCGUCAAGAGGACCCGAAGAUCCAUUUGCUCAUCUAGAUCUUGGCCAAAUCGCUGAUCCACGCUCCAUUGUACAACAUCUCAAUGAGUAUGUUAUUGGUCAGGAAAGAGCAAAGAAAGUGCUUGCCGUAGCCAUCUUCAACCACUACAACCGUGUAAGAGCCAAUAUGAAGCGCAGUUAUUUGCAGCAACAGAAAUUGCAGCAUCAACAGCAACAGCAACAGCAGCAAUUACAGCAACAGCAACAGCAGGCAGCCAAUAUCGAUGGAGUCAUUGCUGUGGAUGAAAGACUUCAUGCUGAGCACCACCACCAACCUACUACUCCACAUCAUGACGGUUACUACUCGAACCAAAUACCCAUUCAACCACAUCCUGCUGAAUUUCCUUCCACAGAACGAAGCAUGUCAUUUGGUGCACAAAGAAGAGCCUGGCUAAAUCCCCCUACCGAGGCAACCAACGACAAGUCCGCUUUUCCCCAUAAUGAUGCGAAAACAGCUUUAGCCGGCCUUGCAGACGACAUAGCAGAGGAGGAAGAGGAGAGCACUGUUCAUGACAAGAGUAAUGUUUUAUUGAUCGGCCCCACUGGCUCAGGCAAAACACUGUUGGCAAGAACAUUGGCUCAGGUAUUACAAGUGCCAUUUUCCAUGUCGGAUGCUACACCUUUCACACAGGCUGGGUAUGUGGGAGAGGACGUCGAAUUGGUCAUCCAAAGAUUACUCCAAUCGUGUGAUUUCGAUGUGAAGAAGGCUGAAACUGGCAUUGUAUUCAUUGACGAGAUUGAUAAAAUCUCAAGAAGAUCAGAUAGUCAUACAGCAUCCAGAGAUGUGUCUGGUGAAGGUGUACAGCAAUCCUUGCUGCGAAUGUUGGAAGGUACAGUCGUGAAUGUUACUGACAAAUCGGGUGCAGGCAACCACAAGCGAGGACCCAAUGGUGGUGGAUCCAUGUCGCCCAACAAGGGAGAGACAUACUCUGUUGAUACGAGCAAUAUCUUGUUUAUUCUGAGUGGUGCAUUUAUUGGACUAGACAAGAUUAUCGGCGAUCGUAUGUCUAAAGGAUCCAUUGGCUUUGCUGCCCAGCUGAAAUCUGAUGCUGAUAUUGAGAAGGAGAGCAAAGACUCUUUACAUCAAGUGGAACCUACUGAUCUUGUGAAAUUUGGGUUGAUUCCGGAAUUCGUGGGCCGUGUUCCAGUAGUUGCCUCUGUCAAUAACCUGCGUGUAGAUGAUCUUGUCCGUGUGCUCAAGGAACCAAAGAAUUCUUUAUUGAAACAAUACGAAGGCCUAUUCAAGCUGAACAAUGUUGAUUUGAGAUUUAGUCAAAACGCAUUAAGAGCUGUAGCUGCACAGGCCUUGGAGAAAAAGACGGGUGCUCGAGGACUGAGAAGAAUCAUGGAAAACUUAUUGUUGGAACCCAUGUACGAUGCACCAGCUUCUUGUAUCAAGCAAGUCAUUAUUGAUAGCAAAGUAGUCAACAACGAAAAGACACCCGUAUACAUCACAUCUGGGAAAUCACAAUUGGCCGAGAAAAUAAUUGCUGAAGACGAUGGUUUGGACUUGUCAUCAACCGAAGACGAUGUGCCUCAACAAAUGACUCAAAUAUAA